CUGGACUAGGUGCACCGCGGGUACGCGGAUAUUAAUGAUCAAAAAGGGGAAGGCAACCGCAACGACGCGCGUGGACCCUGAUCUGUGAUUAAACAGCAUCGGCAACGGCUUCAUCUUGAUGCGUAGCAAGCAGUAGAACGUCUGGUUGCACUGCGCUCGCUUGCCCCGGCUGCUCUUCACGACGCACAACGUCUUCAAAGAAUCCCGACCUUCGAGACGGGCCACGGGAUCACUCAUCUCCAAGUUACCCCAACGACAAGGCCAUCAAGAGCCAUGAGAAACCAUGGUGCAAGGACUUGAUCUUUGGCCACUGGGCCUUGCAGUCGUUAUCAUCGGCGCGCUUUGGGUCUAUGGAGUCAACAGGACCAUGCGAACGGUGCCACCCACAGCUCUGAAACUGUCACCCAAUUCCAACCGCUGGAGCAAGGAAUAUAUACGGGAGACAUAUGAACGGGUCAAAAAGAACCCCGUCGAUAUCAAGAAACAUCUCCCACCCAAGUUGGACAGACGGUACAUCGUGGUGGGCGGUUCCGGUCUUGUAGGAGGUGACAUUGUCUCACACUUGAUCGCUCGUGGACAGUCCGCGGAGAGUGUCCGGAUCGUUGACUUUGCUCCUCUUCGUCGUCCCCAAAUGCUUGGUGUGGCCAGCAAGGUUGAGGUCAUCAAGACUGACAUCACCUCCCCCGACUCGGUGAAAGCGGCCUUCUCCAAGCCAUGGCCUGCGUCUGUUGCAAGUCUUCCCCUGACCGUGUACCACACUGCCGCCGUGAUCCGUCCUGGCGAACGGAGCAUCAAGACUUAUGACCGUGUCGCUCGCGUAAACGUCGGUGGUGCCUCCAACGUCCUGGCUGCUGCCAAGGAGGCCGGUGCUGACAUUUUCAUUGCCACGUCCUCAUCCUCCGUUGCCCUCAAGCCUAUGAAGUUUUGGAAAUGGCCUCUUUCCAGCUUGGCAAGUAACUAUGUUCAAGUGUUCAACGAGGAUGACUUCGAUCAGCCGUUGAAGGCUCACGAUGACUUCUUUGGCAACUACGCUCGCGCCAAAGCCGAAGCUGAACGUCUGGUCUGCGCCGCCAACCAAGAAGGCUUCCGUACCGGCGUUGUCCGUCCCGGCAAUGGCAUCUUUGGAGAUGUAGAGCACGACGUAACCUUUAGUCCUGCUCUCAAAGCCGGUAGCAUUGUCUCCUGGACGCCGCACGUCAUCCAAAAUUGGAUCUCCUCCCGCAACGUCUCCAUCGCCCAUCUCCUCUUCGAAGCCGCACUUAACCCCGCCGUCCGCCCCGUCCCUCCCGCCUGCGCCGGCCGUCCCCUCCUCGUCACCGACCCCGGCCCGCCCAUCGCCUUCCAAGACUUCUACACCUUGAGUAGCUUGCUCUCCAUCACCCCCAUCACCGAGACCUACUGGGCUGACUUGAUCAUCAACUUCCCUGUCCUGACCAAGCUGUUUGGGUGGAAGGAGCCCGCGGGGGAUCUGGCCAUGCUACAGCCGGCGGUGUUCACUGUGUCGGCGUACACGAUUUGCGAUGAUUCCAGGGCGAGGAAGAGUGUGGAGGAGGGAGGAAUUGGGUACAAGGGCGUUACGGAUACGUUAUAUGGGUUUUGUGAGCAGAUGGCUGUGUGGAAUGGAAGGGUUGAGAGGGGGGAGGCCGGGCCGUUAAAGGGUAUGAAGAUCGGUAAACCUGUCGUUGCAUGAACGGCUUUUGGCUGCCACUGGAGAGUUGCAGACGAGAAAGAGAACUCAUGAAUUAGCGAGAAGGAAGGGAUAUAGGCGAGAGAUUGCCUGUAAAUGAAGAGGGACGAAUGGCAGCCUGUUGGAUAAAUUUCAAUGAUGGUCACACCAUAUGUAGCAUGAUGGUCCGAUCAAAUUGGAGAUCAGCGAUGAAGCCCCGAGACUUUCGGUCUCGAGGCAGAACAUAUGUACCUUUGCUAGCGUAGUUCUGGGGCUGGCUGUCUUAUGUUAGCCCUUUCCUCGGUUUAAUCUUGUCGAAAAUGCAGUGUAGUGA